UCCAUCAGACCACACUGUCCAAUAUGCCCAGAGCAAGUAGGAAAGACCCUUGGGAUGAGCGGUCAGAAAACAAGGCCUGAGAAUCAUAGCUCUCUCACUUUCCCCCUCUCACUCUCAAGCAAGAGAGAGAGAGAAAAAACAUAAGAGACCAGGGAAAAACCUAUAAAAAGCCCAAUCUCUCACCCCCAAAACCUCAUCCAAACCACAAUCCCAUCCUCAAUCCAAUCCAAUUCAAUCCAACCUCAAACCAAACCAAACAAAUCCCCCCAACCCAACCAAAAUGCACUUUAAAUCCCUCUCCCUCCUAGCCCUCACUCCCCUCGCAGCCGCCGUCGGCAACGCAGCCGUCAAAAACUCCUGCAACCACCCCGUCUACCUCUGGUCCGUCGGCGGCUCCGUCGGCCCCAAGCAAACCAUCGAACCAGGCAAGACUUACAGCGAACCCUUCCACCACGACGCCGCCUCCGGCGGCAUCUCCCUGAAGAUCACCACCGUCGACAACGGCCUCUACAACGGCAGCCCCCAGCUCAACUACGCCUACACGCUCGACAACGCCGGCGUCUGGUACGACCUGUCCAGUGUCUUCGGAGACCCCUUCUCCGGUAGUGCGGUCGUGGUCAAGCCGACGGAUAAGGGCUGUUCGUCGAUCUGUUGGCCGAAGGGUGUUUCGCCUGGGGGGAGCCAGGUGAAGGUUUGCCAGAGUGGGUCGGAUGAGGUUUUGGAGCUUUGCGCGAAGGGGUGUUAGGUAUUUGUGGUCUUUUCUUUUUUUCUUGUUGUUCGGUAAGCUGAUGGGUGAUGUAGUGAUUACUGAAUGAACUGUGGUAACGAUCUGGUUAUGCUGAGAAUUUGAGGUUUUUUUCUUGGGGGGGGGGGGGUAUUACUUAAUUGGGAAUCUAUUUAGUAACGAUGGAGUCUGUAUCUAAGGGAUUUACUAAGUGAAUUUACUGCGUAUGUUGCACUA